AUUGUCAUCUAUUUCCUGUUUAUGCUAGCUGUCAGAGUUCCCAUUAGCCAUAGCUAACUUAGCUUUUUCUUUUAAAAGGUUAGUUAUUUGCUCGAUAUUGAUUAAAAAUGAGUUUAGACUCACUUUUUCAGCAAGUACUUUUGACUGAACAGCAGCAGAGCGAGCAAAUACAAAAGUUAAAGGAUGUCAAAGUAUCCAUUAUCAGAUGCAAUGAAAAGAUCAAAAGUGCAAGUGAAAAGUAUGAAAACACCCAACAGGAGCUUAACAAAAAGGCUCCGCAGUUGUGCGCACUCCGGCUGCAGUGUGACUUGAUGACGAAGACUGAGGAUUUGAUGUUGAAGCACAUCGAGGAGCUGAACUGUCAGAAGAGCCACCUGGGAGAAAGUCUAGCCAAGAUCAGGAGGGAAUCAAAAGUAGAAGAGGAAAACUUCCUUCAGGAGAUCUCAAGGUUCAACAGAGACUUCAGUCUUCAGGGAAACAAAGCAACGCUGUUGGAGAGCCAGACACACUCUGAGCUCAUGCUUCUGCAGAGGGAGGAGGCGGCUUUACACAAAGAGAUGGAGGCCAUGACAGCAGAGAACGACCACAUGAGAGCUGCGGCGGAGGAAAAGAACGCCCUCCUGCUUGAACUCCAGGAUGUGAAAAACACUGAAAGAGACCUGGAUCGGCAGCUAAAGGAGGCAAAACUGACAACUCAGUCUUUGAGACUGGAGAGCCAGUUUGUGAGUCAGAAGCAUCUCACUGACAGCACGUGUGUUAGACUGAGGAAGGAGUUGGAGAUGUAUAAAGAAGAAGAGCUCGAACACCUGAAAGACACACUCAACUCAGAGAUACAGUUCUUGCAGUUGAGGUUGGACCCUCGAGAUUAAUCUACAUUAAGAUUGUCUCACCAGAAUGUUCACUUUAGUUGAGUGUUUGUUUCCUUUGUUAUGAAAAAGAAAUAGUUGUUUCUAUUAUUGUUCUAACUCAGAUGUUUAAGAAUUGUUCUUGAUUUAAAUUUUAUUUUUGAAAAGAAAAAAGUAAAGUAAAUAUAGAUGGAAGGAUUGGCAAAUGCAAUGAAAGAAGCAUUUAAAGUUAUUUCGCACUGCCCUCUAGUGUUGAAAGAAAAGUACUUCCAUUCCCUACAUCCUGUAAUUUUGAGUGGUGAGAAAGCAUAAAACUCUGGAUAUUCCUGUAAAUCUUUUCUAUUGCUAAUUCAUUUUAAGGAUGUUUUUACUUGGUUUUUAUUUUUAUUUUGAAUAAAAAAGCCAAGAAAAAA